AUGGAGACCUUUCAAACCACUUUCAACGCCAGCACCACGUCAGCCAAUGAAGCGUUGAAGAGUCUAGGCUCUCUCUUCAAAACUGAGAAGACAAAACUGCAAGAGAUUCGCACUGGUCUGAAAACUGACCAUGAAACAUUUCAAGCCACUAUCUCCUCUCAGAUUUCACAGCUUAAAGACGAACUGAUAAAGGAGAGUAACAUCAAGGACUCUCUCGCACUCAAUUAUGAAGAAGCAAAGGUGUUACGUGCCAAACUGGAAGCUUCAGAGAAACAGGUCAAUGAUCUGUUAUCUGAGAGGGUCGUCAUGCGAAGCUGUAUAACUGAUGUUACCCGGCAUGCUCUCGGAUAUCAUUGA